UUGGCGGCAUAAAGUGUUCAAAGGCAAAUGGCAACACUAAUUUAGUAGCAGUUGUUUUUGUUGUUUGCUUUUGUAGUUGUUAUUUGCUUGUUAUUGUAUCAUAAAUGUUUUUUCUCAAUUAUUUUUUGUCGUUUGUUAUACAAAACUCAACCGCUGCCGAAGAUGUUUUUGUCGUCGUCGUCGUAGUCGUAGUCAUCGUAAUCGUUGCCGUUGUUGUGUGGCAUGCGACGAUGACUAUGGGAGAAUCCGCUGCUGCCGCCGCAGCCACACGACGACACACUAUCGCAUGGGAAGUAUACAAUGCCGCCGCCGCCGCUGCCACCACUACCACUACUACUACUACCAACACAGCAUUGUGGCGAAUGUUUAUAGAUUUUCAGUCGAAUUUUGUUAUUUCACGUACAAAGUGGCGCGCGCGGGCCGCCGCUCUAGUAAAUCAUAUGAAAUCGUGACGUUAUAUAGAAUAAUUUGUGUCGAAAAUUGUAACAACAACAAGAAUAAAAACAACAAAACAUAUUAACACAUAUAAUUUAGUUGGUGAAAGGUGUAAAAUGCAUGUUACGGUGCAAGUGGCAAAAGUGGUAGAGAAAAAGUUGAUGUUCUAUGAAAGCGGUAAUAAAUUCGUAAUUUGUAUGCCAUACUGAGUAAAACAAAACAAAUGUUAAUAAUAUUAAAUAAACACGCAAUAAACGGCAUUUGUAAAUAUAAAACGGAAAAAAUUACAGCGCAGCCGUGCGUGAAAAAAGCAACACAAACAAUUAAUUGUAACAGCAACAGCAAAAAGGUGAAAUAAGCGCAUUGCAAUUGCUAAUUAAAACACAUUAAUCAAGUGCAGCGGCAGAAAAAAUACCGUUAUUGCAUAUUUGCUGGCUGCAAACAACGUGGCAGCUUGCAACAAAGCGCGUUGCAUUCAUCACACGCAUGCGCAUGCGCCAUCAACACUCUAAUAACACUCUAAUAACAAGCGUGCAACAACUGUUGUCUUGUCGUUGAACGGUUACAUUUCGAAAGGCGAGCGCAACAGCAGCAGCAAGUGGUAGUACUCGUAGUGAAAAACAGCAUAGAAGCAGGCAAGAACACACGCACACACUCGUGUUUCUCGUACGCGUGCGCAUACUCCGGCUCUCGCGCUCACUUGCGCUGCUCAUCGUGCUCUCCAGCCAGUAUAGUACAUUUUUGUUGCUGUUGCUACUUAUACGCAAAGAGUUGCCACCCAUUUGAAACGCCGCUACAACUAGUAAAUUUGUAGGUUAUAAUUAUUUGUCGCUUCGUCCAGCGUCUGCAGCCAAAGCCUCAAAGUGGAUUUAACAAACUACAAUAAAUUGCUGCAAUCCAGCAAUCAAUAUUUGCGGCCAGAUUAUCUGGCCGCACCGAAUGCGGUGAGUUCAAUUCAAAUACAAUAUAAAUGUUGCUGGACGCCAAAAGCAGCCCGUUAGCUUUGCUGGCGCAGACGUGCAGCGCAAUCGGUGCGGACACAACCAAUCCAAAACUGCUUGCUGCCAACAUUGAGAAAUCUACCAAAUCGACAUUGAAGUCCAGCGUUGCUGAUGGACGUGAUAAAUCCUCACCAGUGAGCAGUCAAUCAUCGUCCGUAUCAACCGGCUCCGUCGAACACAUCAAGUCCAGCUUUAAGCCGUAUGAGUCGAAUAAUAAUUUAAUCAACAACAAUCACAUGCGAGAGAGACUUGAAGCCGAAACAGAGCGCGCCACAAACUUAAGCACCAACGCGUCGACGAACAGUUUAAAUCUCAUCGGCAAUGGCAGCCGAGUGCGUACACCAAAGAGUAAUGGCAGCGGUGGCAUAAUGCUAUUGAAUGGCCAGCAGCAUGCUGCACAACUGCAACAACAACGUUGUGACUCAAACCAAAGUGCCACCUCACAACGAGACUCGCCCGCGACCGGCAUCAAUGGUUUGCGAAAGAGUUCACCAAUAGGUACCGCUAGCGCAGUUAUGGAUAUGCAGCAACGCAUCAGUAAUAGUAGUAGUCCACAGCAACGUGCAUCCUCUAAAGAAUCGGCAGCGUUAAGUCAUGGUAUUAGCAGCGCACAAAUUAGUCCUAGCGCUGCGGCUGCGGCAGCUGCUGCCAGCCAAUCCCGUCUGCAGUCUGCUACGGACUCAGCUAUAGCGGCAGCCAAAGAGGCGAACUAUGUGAAGGCAUUGCAUGCUGCCGCCGUGGCAGCAGGUGUGCCCACAACGAGCGCGGGUUCGCUACCAGGCAGUACCGCUUACUAUGCUGGCUAUCCGAGUGGCAAUCCGACGAGCGGCUUGUCAUAUCCCAUGGACGUGAUGACAGCUAGUGCGCUUAUGUCACAACAUCAUCCCAUGUUCAAGGCGGCCGCAAUGCAUCCCUACUUGAAUUAUGCUCGCCUGAAGGGCAUCGAUCCGGCCGCUUUAAUGACACCGAACAUCUGUCGUGAUCCCUACUGCACCGGUUGUCCAUCCUCGCCACAUUUUCUCAACAAAGCCGCCGGCCAACCUUGCCCGGCAGGUUGUCCACAAUGCGAUAGCAACUCCGGCAAAGCAUCGUCGUUGGGCGGUGGUGGUGGUUCUUCGGCAGCAGCUGCAGUCGCCGCAGCAGCUGCUUCAUCAUAUCAUGCACAAUUGGCUGCGCUGGCCGCCGCCUCACAAAUGCCGUACGUCUGUUCUUGGAUCAGCGCCGAUGCGGCGUAUUGUGGCAAGCGUUUCGGCACCUCCGAUGAACUGUUCCAACAUUUGCGUACGCAUACUGCAUCGCUGCCGGAUUCAGUGCUGAGCGCUGCCGCAGCAGGCGGUAUACCACCAACGCAUCCGCUGUUUCAACGCACCUACCCUACGCCACCAUUAAGUCCACUGUCUGCCGCACGCUAUCAUCCCUACGGUAAACCCUCCAUGUUACCGCCGCCGUUGGCAUCUGCGGCCGGCGCUUUGGGCGGUCUACCCAUGCCACCACAUCCGGCGCUAGCGCAAUACUUUGCGCCCUAUUCUCUCUACGGACCGCCGCGCAUGGGCUCCUCCCAUCCAUAGUAGGAGGCUGGUAGUGGUAGAACGCGCGAUAUCUACAGAACGCAUUUGAAAUAAGUGGCCACGGUUUGCUGAAUGAAUACUACACAUAUUCUGAAUAUCUUCAGUCAAUUUCGACAUUGAAUGUCCUCACGCUGAUAAUACCCCACUGCUGGGGAAAUUUUUUUGUAAAUGUAGGAGACGCGAGUCAUGGGACGCGCAAAGUGCUAGUGAUGUAAAUUGUUCUAAGUGUGUUAUGUACAUAAAUAUGUAUGCAUAUGAGCUGUACAUAUGUAUAAAAUAAAGCAUGCUGAUAUUUGUGCUGCAUGCAAUUAUAAUAAAAUAAUUAAAGUAAUUAUCGUAAUGGUAAAGAGCGUUUGCAAUAAACAAAAGAAGAACUAUUUAUUUUAUUAACUAAACUAAUUGAAACUUUUAUCAAAGUAAAUAUAAUAAAUAAAGCAUAAAUUGUAUGUAUGUAUAAUCCAAAUGUCAAAUUGUAAGCCGAAGCAGCGUUGUUGUAUAUUUUAAAGUGUAAACCACAAAUGUAAUAAAAUUACAAAUAAACAUACUUUAAGAUUCAAUUAAGUCAUCAUCAAAGAAACAAUAAAACCACGUCAAAUAUAAAAUAUUAAAAAUAAA